CGUCCCGUUAAGAAAUACAAUAAAAAAUAAUGUCGUAAAUACUAAAUCGUAAUGAAAUCUGGCUACAUAUGUUAAGCAUUGAGCAAUAUUUUUAAGUAAUUUAGUACUUUUUUCAUUAUUUUAAUUUAAUUGUGUUUACCAAAGCAGUAUUCAUAUUUCAAGUUUUUUACCCUGCUUAGAUUGUGUGUUUUUUGAUUUAACAUAAUUAAGUAUAAUGUCGAAAAAUCGGUAUGUCAGUGAUUCAUCAAGAGGUAUAUUUGACGAAGACGAUGAUGUAGACGAUGACGAAUUCCUAAGUCGUGUUCGAACAAACACAGGAUACAGAAACGAUCCGUUUGGUCAAAGCAAUGGCAAUCAAGAUAUAGCGAAUGCACAUAGGCAAAAGCAACAAGUGAUCGAAACCACCAAAGAUGUAGAACAGAAAACUUUACAAUCUACUGAGAGAACUUUACGCCUCCUACGGGAAUCAGAAAACAUUGGAACAGCAACAGCUGAAGAACUAGUAAGACAAAGAGAGCAGCUGCAAAAUACUGAUAAACGGUUAGAUGAAAUCAAUUCAAACCUACGUGUCAGUCAAAAGCAUAUACAAGGAAUAAAAAGUAUCUUUGGAAGUUUCAAAAAUAUGCUCAGUGGAAAAUCUAACUUACCUCCUCGUAGUGCUUCUACAGAAGAGUCUGUUGGGCCAGCUCAAGUAAGUGAAGUGCGACGAAGUACAUUAGGUGAUACUUUAGCACAAGCCAAUUCAAAUAUUAGUGCAAUGGACCAACAUCCAGGUUUGAGAAUAAGAGGAUUGGUUGACAACGAAAUAACUGGACCGAGUGAUGUACAAUCUUCACUUGACAAUAAUUUAGAUGAAAUUUUAGGAUCAGUUACCAGAUUAAAAGGCUUAGCUUUAGGACUUGGCGAAGAAAUAGAUUCUCAAAAUGAUUUGGUCGAAAACAUUAUGGGUAAAGCUGAUAAAGCUGAUAUAAAUAUGGAAAGACAAAACAAAGAAAUCAAUCGAAUCUUAAAAAAAUAAAAUCUGCUACUCAAAUAAAUUUUACAUUCCUAUUCAAUUUUUAGUUAACUUUAUUAUUACUCUUGUAGCUCAGUUAUAAAUCGCACACCUGCAAUAAUGCAUACUUAAAACUUUUUAAGUGUGCACUUCAUGUUAUAUGUAUUUAUAUAUUAUAUUUGUAUGAUUGAUGACAUUAUUUACACUUUUUAUGAAUAUAUCUAGUGAUUAUAUUAUUAUUGUCUGUAAUUAUAAAACGGUCAGAUGUUAUUGUCAGU